AAAGCGAUAGCAUAGGUAUGGCGGAAAGCAGAUCUUCGCGCUACGUUCUGAAGACAUUUCUCUCGUGGCUAAUGAUGCUAUAUUAUGUGGUGUCACUACAUUCUUCUAAGGAGUAACAGACGAACGAAUCGGCUUUCAGUUUCCCAACGGGGAGCUCUCGAUAAAUUCGGAUGAGUGCGGAAUAGCCGGUCCUACGGCAAGAAUCGUCAAUGGCCUUCUAGCUGUUCGAAGUCAGCUCCCUUGGAUGGUAUUCUUGGCAAUAAAGAUCAACGGAGAAUACACAACAUGUUCUGGGACUAUCCUAACUCAAAGAAAUAUUCUAACCGCUGCGCACUGUAUAAAGCAAAAUGACACGUACCCGACUAGAAUUGUGGCCUUCUACAACAGUACAAAAAAACUGGACGGUGCGUUUUGGAGAGUAGACCGCAUGAAAGUGCAUCCAGAUUUUAAUGAAACAACGUUUGUCAACGACAUCGCUCUUCUACGGGUAGAACAGCCCUUCACAUUCACGAUGAGCACGCGCCCUAUCUGCAUCUCUCUUGAACCGGUGGACAUUUUCCACAAGCAUGUGCGUGUUGCUGGCUGGGGUCGUCUCAAGCAAUCCGGGCCCUCUCAGCGACUGCUCUACUACACUAGUUUACGUGUCAUGUCGGAUGAAGUGUGCAUGCAAACAUUUUCCAACAAUGGCUACAACACGACACUGCAGUUCUGCGCGUAUGAAGACACAACGGACGCAUGCGAGGGCGACUCCGGAGGACCGGCCAUUGCACGCGCGGACAACCACCGCUUCCUGCAAGUAGGCAUCGUCUCCUACGGCACCGGCUGUGCAAAGAACAACACUCCGGGUGUCUACACUCGACUCGAUGCGUUGGUGCCCUGGAUUCUUGACAACGUACUCUACGGCACAUGGCUAAUCUUAUACCCCCGGGGCGAAGACAAGUGAGCAGUAUCUGACUGGUUUGUGUAA